GAUGUAAUCUCAAGAAUUUGUGUCAUCUAUAUUUUGUAUUACAUUUUCUGUGCUGAAAUGAAAAUUGAGAGCGAGUCAUAUUUAAUAUAGUCAAAGAAAUUAACAAUGGUUUCUAUGCAAUUCGUGCUACAACCGCUUCCCGGAACUGAUGAACAAUUCAUUGAAAGAAUACGAGAAGUCACGGAUAAAGUAAACCGCUUCGGUUCCGGUACUCAUAGGAUCUUUGAGCAAUUGAAAAUUCCAGUAAGGGAAGUGGUAAUUGGACCUAAUCAUAUAGGAGUUCUUUUGGAAGACGGGAAAGCGUUUCGGGUCGCCUUCUCAAUCAAUUCCGAAAAGCUUGAUUUGACUAAAUCGGACAAUAAGUGUGCCCCAUCUGGUGGAGUAUCGGCAACUAAUGCUCCGAAGGCACCAACAUCAUCACGGGCAAUGCCUCGUUCUCGGGCACGACUGCUUCGUGCAACAGGGAGAACAAGCUCAAGUGGACAAGGAUCUGGAUCAAGAAGUACAGGUGUAAUAAUUGGAGGCAGUACAUCGAACCGACCCCUAGUAACAGUGCCAGCCACAUAUGUGCCUGAAGAACUUAUAUCUCAAGCAGAAGUCGUACUACAAGGAAAGAGCAGAAAUCUCAUUAUUAGGGAGCUUCAGCGCACAAAUCUUGAUGUGAAUUUAGCUGUAAACAAUUUGCUUUCACGUGAUGACGAAGAGGCCGAAGAUACAGAAGAGGGAGGCGAUAAUUAUGUUCCUGAAGACCUAAUUUCAUUAUUGGACAAUGGUUUUUCGGGUGACAACAAUAGUGUCAUCAUUGAUCCAUCAGACGGACUUUUUUCGGAAGAAAUAUUUAGUAAUUAUUCGAGCAUAAGGAAUCUUCUUUUCGAUCGAAUUCGUAGUGAACGGAGCAACGCAGGCUCAACUGCAGAUAGUAAUCAAUCCAAUCGGGCAUCAACAUCUUCUAGCGGUGUAAUAGCAGGCAGUGGCAGCCUUUCUGCUCAAAUAUCGUCUGCUAAUGCUGAUCGCGAAGCUUUCAGUCGAUGGCGUGAUCGUCAGUAUUAUGGCCCACGACGAUGGAUUAGUAAAGACGAUUAUACGUGGGAUAAGGAUACUGAUUCCAAAAAAAAAGAACCCUCUACAAUGCCAUCGCCGAUAUGGAUAUCAGAAGAACUGCAACCAUGGCCUGACAAAGUUUCAACACGUUUUAAGACUAUUGGAGCAUUGUAUUCCGAAUUUAUUGCGCUCUCAGAAAAUGGGGAAUUGCAUCAGUGGCGUUGGUCUGACCUGGAACCCUUCAAAUCCGAUACGGACAAUGUUUAUCAUCCGAAGACCUUGGCACUCAACAUAGCAGAAAAAGUAGAGCUAAUAUCAGCAAAUUUUAUUAGAUGCUCUAUUGUAACUGAGUCAAAUCGUGUUGCCACUUGGAUGGAUGAACAACUGGGAUACCUCGGAGUUAAAUUGGAGCAUACCGCUACAGCUUUCAAUGAGUUUAACAUCGACCCAAUCGCAACAAUACAUGUUUGCUCUUUAUACACAGCUGUUAGAACUGAUAAUAACAAUAUCUAUUGGUGGGGUGUUCUACCAUUCGAUCAACGCCGCUAUUUGUGGGAUAAGUUUCGAACAAAAACCAAAAAACCUUUUAAAAUGGUUGUGGCAGACAUUAACGUUGGAUCACAAGUUAUAAUGAAGAAGUGUCCGAUUUUCCAAACUGGAUCAAUCGGGUUUACCUGUACCAAUGGUGUACCCAAAGUUGGACAGCUUUUAAACUCAGUGUGGGAUUUCUCGGAUGUUUGUCGUAUGAAAAUCUUAAAUAUCGGGACAUCUUCAGUUUCAGAUAAAUGCCAAGCUACGGGAACAAUUUCGAAUACCCUUACCAAUAUUACAGAUAAGGAUAUCUCCAAGACAACACCUGUACAAGCCACAAGUUCAACCAAGAGUGGACAAAUUAGUUCGACCAGUAAAGAAUCGACAGAUCGCAUCGAUAUGCCACCACCACCUUCUCCUGCGUCCAGUACUUGCAGUGAUACCGGCAGUGUUACUUCUCAUAAGCGUACUAAAAGAAUGACAACUAAAGAUGAUAGUAACAAUUGUCAGGAGGGUAGAAAAGAUGAGGAACUGUGGCAGCUUAAGGAUGUUGUCUUCGUAGAGGACAAAGUGGGACCGAUCGGAAAAGUUCUUAAAGUCGACGGAGACUAUGUUGCAGUCCGAUUUCCGCCAUUAAGUUGUGUCAGCGGCGUCACCGGAUUGGGCACUAAAGAUGAAGGAAAAGAGGAUGACUGGCAACAAUGCCGUCUAUUGCGACGCGAAGAUGUCCAAGUCUUUCGCACAGCCGUCUCGUCGCGUGGACCAGAUUGGCUACAAAAGCAGCCCAAGAAAAUAAAUAUUGGCGCUGAUCCGGCAAACGCAAACGCUCAGCUUUUAACAAUAGCGGUAGAUACGCGUGGCAUUCAUGUGAUUAAAAAAGUGUUUGGGAAAAUACAUUACAGCCUUUACAACUUGUACAACAGCAAGCAGGAACAAAACUGUCAAUUUCCCACAGACUGUGCGUCAUUUAUUGGUGCAUCCUCUAACAACAUAACAAUGGCCUGCAACAAUGAUUGCAGUGGGAAUAGCAGUACAAUUGUGCUUCGGGAUGGCAAUGGAGCUCUUUAUCCACUGGCUAAGGACUGUAUUGGCUCCAUAAAAGACCCGCAGUGGUUCGAUUUGCCUCCGGUUAAAUCAGUUACAAUGGCCACAAUAUCGCUGCCGCCCGCAGCAUCUUGCAUCAAUCUUAAGUCAAAGGUAUGCAUGACUGCCCUGCUUUUUGAAACCCAGAAGCUAAUGCCACAUAUUCUGCGUUGUGAUGUGAAAAACUGCAUUGCUCUGCUGAUGCGUCUUGAAAAAGAAGACCGCAAAGACACUGUUUCCGUUGUUGAAGAGCGCUGCGAUGGUAACCGAAACAUAUUCCAUGCCUGUGUUAUAAUGUGUGCCCCAACAUCCAACAAGGAUUCACAGCACUCACCGGAGUUGAGCAGCAGUACCGCGGAGAAAAAACCAGUUGCGUCAGGGGUUUCAUUGCCACGAACUGGACCGGGUUUGUCAUAUGGCGGCAGCGCAUUUGCUGGCAAUGGGAGCAGCUUCAGCGAGAACUCUAGUUUUUCGACAGUAACGGCCGGCGUCAGUUCAUCAUCGUCAACGUCUGCAACAUUGACCAGGGAAAAUCGAAUUAGUCUUCGGGACAUGAUGCAUCGACUCAUUAACACUGAGCAAUCAACAGAGCAAAAUAGUCAGCCACCGACGACGAGUGCAGGCGAAGAUCACGCAUAUAUGCCAUUGCCAUGGUCAUUGGAAUCGGGAGCGGCGGCUAGCAAUCUUAGUGCUAGCGGAGCUCAAAAUGCGGAUAUAACCGAUGAAGAUGUUUCUAAAGUACUACCAUCGUCGUCCCAAAACAUAGGUGUUUCAAAUAGCAAAAUGGGAACACCAAAUUAUACAUUCGACCUAACACAACGACGUGAACACGCCAUCCUCAUUCUUCAACAUAUGUGUGCCAGCGCUGCGAUGCGCCCUUAUCUUUUCCAGAUGCUUAGCGCCAAGGAUGCUCAGGGUCAGACCGCAUUCAUGCUGGCCGUUUCGUGCCGCGCUUAUGAGGCUGGUAUUAUACUACUGAGCACUAUACUCAGUGUUUCUGAUCAAGACACACACCUUAAAGAAGCAAUGAUAUUCCCGAGUGGCUCGCCAGCUGACCAAUCGCCUUUGCAUGUUAUCUGCUUCAACGACACUUGCUCGUUCACUUGGACAGGCGCCGAUCAUAUAAACCAAAAUAUUUUUGAGUGUAAAACUUGCGGCUUAACUGGCUCACUCUGCUGCUGCACCGAAUGUGCACGAGUUUGCCACAAGGGGCACGACUGCAAACUGAAACGGACUGCACCAACAGCUUACUGCGACUGCUGGGAGAAAUGUAAAUGUAAGGCUCUGAUUGCCGGAAAUCUUACCAAGCGUUUUGCGUUACUCUGUAAACUUGUUUCGAGCACUGAUCUGGUUACAAAAUUCAACUCAAAAGGUGAAUCCAUAUUGCUAUUCCUCAUACAGACUGUGGGCCGUCAGAUAGUGGAGCAAAGGCAAUACCGCUUUAGUGUAAGGGUUCGGAAUGUGAGUAAUAAUACGGGAAGCGCCAAUGGAAGCAAUACAGUUAUUACCAAUCGAAAACCGUCAUCUUUAGACAUCGAUAGCGAUAUGCCCGACCACGAUCUUGAGCCACCCAAAUUUGCUAGAAAAGCGCUUGAGCGCCUUUUAAUUGAUUGGCAAGCGGUGCGUUCAAUGAUAAUGAGCGGUGCAGAAAGAAAUGAAGCUAAUGCAAACGUACAUGGAAAUCCUGGGGACGGAGGAAACUCUGAAAGCUUUAACGUUUUUAUGCAAUCCCAGCAUGGCUCGACACUGAUCGACAAGUUUACACAUAGCUUGAUAGUGAAAUGUACAAGCGAUCAUUUGGAUACUCUAUUGCUGACACUGGUGCGCGAGUUGCAAAACUUUCUUGUUGUUGAUCGAUGCAAAGAGGCCGAGGAGGUUGCGCGACGUUUCGUGCGGUCUGUAGCUCGUGUGUUUGUUAUUUUCAAUUUGGAGAAACAACCAAAUCCCGAUAAGCGCAAAAGUCACACAUCAUGCAACAAAUACGUGCAAAGUUGUGUUAAGGUUUUUCAAACGUUGCACAAAAUUUCGAUUGAAGAGCUGUGCGAGGUCUCUGAGGCCCUCAUUGCACCAGUUAGGCUCGGCGUAGUGCGACCAACAGCUCCGUUUACAAUGUCUUCAUCUAAUUUGGAUAAUUCUGAUGACUUGUUCAGCGUUGAGCCGCUGACACCUUCCAAUGUUGAGUCAGCAGCCGAGCAGAUUGUAGUGCAUGAUGCUAUUAAUGUUCAAAGCACUAGCUUCAAUGUACAACAAAACUAUGAUGUUGUUGCAAUGGACACUCUUAGAGAUCCUUCCGAAUCGGAAGAGAUUCCCAAUCGAGAAUCAAACUUAAGUAGUCAUGACGAAGACAUGAUUGAGAGCCAGCGAAAUGAAGAGGGCAUGCAGGAUGACGAAAGUGACAACGAUUUCACUUUUAACGACGCUGAAACCGAGUCGGACUCGGACGAUAACCAGAGCAAUCAAGAUGCACAAAGAAACGUUCAAACAGGUGCAACUGUCGGUUCAGAAACAGAUAUUGGAGUUCUCUUUCUGGAGGAUGAAUCUGGAGAUUCUUCCGCUCAGGAGGAAGAUGGGUCCGAAGAUGGCGAAUCAGAUGAUCAGUCUGAUGAAUUUAGUUUCAACGAUCAGCAACUCGAGCGCCGCAAUAUCAACCCUAACUCACGCAAUGAUCUCACUCCACAAACAAUGCAAUGGGCAAUCAGAAGCCGCGAUAAUGCUCGAUCGUCUGUUCGUGUUCCAACUGGUUCCAAUUUAGUUUUCAUUGACCCAAUGGCAUUGCGUCGAUCUGCUGUUCCAGCCAACACUGCAGUAAAUACAACAUCCGCCGAGUCUCACACAAUGGCAACCACCGCUAGCAAUUUAGGCCGAGCUUUUGGCAUUACGAUUCGCCAAAUAUCCGAGCUCUUAGCUAUUAUGUCAUACAAUGUGACCAAUGAUAUUGAAACUUCAUUGAAAAUACCCAUUGAGGAAGCCGUUGCAGUUCAAGCAUUUGUUGAGAAACGCUUGAAACCAACAUGGGACUGGAUGUUUACUGUAAUGGACGGAACAGAGGCGCAGCUGAAAUUUGGUGCCUAUUUGACGAACUACACUGACCCUAAUCACCCGUUGCAUCCUCUAAACCUGAGUGCACAGGCUACAACAAGCCAAACGUCAACUUCGACUUCUUCAAGUGUGGGAGUUAAUGUUAUCGGUUCAAGUUCUAGAAGGGAUUUCUUCACAUAUUGUCUUUCUUUAAUGCGCGCUCACACAUCGGAGCAUAGGGAUGCGCUGCCAGUAUUAGAUAUAACUGCGUUGCGCCACAUGGCAUACGUGCUGGAUGCAUUCGUUUACUACAUGCGCAACGACUCUAGCUUCUACGAUAGGAACGAUUCUAUUGCUGGACGUGUUAACAAUUUAUCGAACUGCAUCGAAAACGAUGAUACAGACGACGAGUUAAGCAACAUUGAGGAGUCUAAUAUCGAUAGGCAAUAUUCUGCCAACUCUUCGCCCAAUGUUAACAUGCGAAAGUAUACAUUCUUUGCUCGGUCUGAUUCAACUUUGAGUUUGGGUUGCUCGGCACCGGAAGGGUUUGAUUUACCCCUUGAUAUGGCCAUGCCACUGGCGGACAAACCGCACCUACUGCAGCCAAAUUCAAAGCGACAGGACCUCUUUGCGAAUCUUCCGUUGCAUGUUGUUCCUACUGUGAAAAACAACACCGCCAAAAGAAAAAUGUCCCAUCAGGGAUCUAUUGACCAACCUCCCACAAGGUUAGGAUUCUCCAAUUUUAUGAAAAUUGAAAAUGAGAUUGGUGUAAGCCAGCAUAUGCCGGAGCAGGAAAUUAAUGCAGAUGCACUCGAAGCGAAAGAAGACAGCAGCACAUAUAAAGACGAAGACGCCGCUGAUUCCAAUAUUUACGUUCAACUAAAGAAGAAACAGUGCUUAGACGAUUCAAAAUUACAUAAGGGCGUUGAAGGUAAUCACUACAUUGAAGACCAUGCAGAUGCAGUUGAUGUACAAAUGAUUGAUGAUACGCCAGGAACUAGUAGAAAGUCGGAUACCUUAAUUACAACUCGGCCAGAAGUGAUCAUUGCACCAAACAAAAGCAUACUACGAAUUGGUACUAGGGAUGACUUGACCACAUUAGAGAACUCCCUAUCAGAAUCUUUACAGAGUUCUUUAUCUGCAGUUCGUAGCGUUAUUGUACGAGCUGGCGCAUCCAGUUUUAAAUUAGAAUCAAACGACAGUAGCUUGCCCGAAUGCAAAAAUGCAUCUGCCAGCACAUCACAUGCAUCGCACCAUACGUGCGAUUAUAGUCGCGAAAAGACAUCAUCCCAGUCAGUAGUAUUUCCGGUUCGUGGCUCUUUGUUCUACAAAAGUAGUUCUUCAGAACUGCCGUCGUGGAAUUUUUUGCUGAGUCGUUGGAAACUGGCUCUUGAUCUUUUUGGACGUGUUUUUAUGGAUGACGUUGGUAUGGAACAUGGAUCUGUAUUGCCAGAACUGAGAGGCUUUCCUGUUAAGGAAAUGCGCUUUAGACGGCAUAUGGAAAAGCUUCGAAACGGACAACAGCGGGACUUGGUUCUUUGCAAGCUUGAGCGGAACCGAGAGAGUUUAAUAAUCCAAACCUUUAAGGAAUUAAAUGCUCAAUUCGGCACACAAAAUCGUCGAGCUCAGCCGCCCAUUACAUUCAACAGAGUAAAGGUGACAUUUAAAGACGAACCAGGGGAAGGGUCGGGCGUGGCGCGCAGUUUUUAUACUUCCAUUUCGGAAGCGUUGUUGGCAAGUGCAAAAAUGCCUAAUUUGGAUUCAGUGCAGGCGGGCGGUACUCAUAGUAAGUACGGUGUACCAUUCUCGAGUAUACUGCGCAGUAGAACCGUGUCCGGCUCAAGUCGCGAUCCGCCCACAUUACAGAGACGUGGAACAGGCAGCAAAAUAUUAUGGCGUACGGCUCGGGAGCGAAAAGCAUUAAAUGCCGACGCAAGACCGUACACCCCAACUACCAAUGCAGAUAUUUCUGCUACAGAAACGUCAAACGACCAUUUGUCUGUCCACCUUCAACAGCUUGGAGAGCGCCUCUACCCCAAAAUUCACUCAAUUAACUCAUCGCACGCUUCGAAGAUAACCGGCAUGCUUCUGGAAAUACCCACUCCUCAACUUCUGUCUGUAUUGUCCUCGGAUGAAACGCUGAGACAAAAAGUUAAUGAGGCAGUUGAAAUAAUUAAUUUUAAGCAAAAGUCUGAGAUAAACGUGCAAAAUCAACAAAAAAAAUUGCCAUCAGCGGCACUUGCUGAACCUAUUGAUGAUGAUAAUGAGCCAUUAUUUUACUCUCCGGGUAAACGUGGCUUUUAUACUCCACGACAAGGGCUUGCGUCUUUUGAACGUAUCAACGCAUUUAGAAACAUUGGCAGACUAAUUGGACUCUGCCUCUUGCAAAACGAAUUGCUACCGCUGUUCCUCCAAAGACACGUAUUGAAGUACAUGCUUGGUAGAAAAAUCAAAUUUCAUGAUUUAGCCUUUUUUGAUCCUGCGUUGUAUGAAUCGUUUAGACAAAUCAUACAAAAUGCUCAAACAAAAGAAGGUGAAGAAAUCAUCAACCGAAUGGAGCUGAGCUUUGUGAUUGAUUUGAUGAAAGAGGAAGGAUGUGGCAACCGCGAAUUGAUCCCAGGCGGACGCGACGUUCCCGUAACAUCAGCUAACAUAUUCGAAUACAUAAGGCGUUAUACUGAAUAUAGACUUAUAAAAUCACAAGAAAAGGCUCUGGAGGCUUUGAAAGACGGUAUUUUUGACGUAUUGCCAGACAACUGCAUGAACAGCCUGACCGCUGAAGAUUUACGUUUGCUCUUGAAUGGUGUCGGUGAUAUCAAUGUUUCCACACUGAUUUCCUAUACGACUUUUAAUGACGAAUCAAGUGAGGGACCUGACAAACUUCUCAAAUUUAAAAGAUGGUUUUGGAGUAUUGUCGAAAAAAUGAAUACGCUGGAGCGCCAGGAUUUAGUAUAUUUUUGGACAGGGUCGCCAGCCUUGCCAGCUUCGGAGGAAGGAUUUCAGCCCCUACCGUCUGUUACCAUACGACCUGCUGAUGACUCUCAUCUUCCUACUGCAAAUACUUGUAUAUCUCGGCUGUAUAUCCCUCUUUAUUCCAGCAAAUCAAUUUUACGUAGUAAAAUGCUGAUGGCCAUUAAAUCCAAAAACUUUGGAUUCGUUUAAGCAAAUAACUAACAAUUUCUGGUUUGAUAUUGCCGUAUAUUUGCUUAUUACGAAUUUUUUUAAAAUGUGAAAUUUUGAAAUAUGACUUCCACAUUUGUAACCAGCAACAUUUGUAUGUAUAUCCAUUCCUUGUUUUUGGAUUUGACUUUAUAACUAUUGAAAUAGUCCUGUUUAAAGAUAUUCUAUUGAAAAUGAAAUCAAAUGUUCAUUCACUUUUUUAAAUAAUUCGACUGGAUGAAAAACACUAAGGAUGUGUCGAAAGAAACAAAGAUUAAGAUGUAGGCGUUGCGUUAGGGCAAGUUUGCGUUUAUUAUUAAAUUUAUUUAAAUGUAGGACAUGUAAUAAACUACAAUAUAUAAAUAUGUAUAUUAACCAGGGAAUAAAACUAUAUUGGUAAUCGCAAAA